GGCAAGCUAGUUGACUGACGAUACUAUGGAUGUUUCGUUGAAGUAAUAUGUUGAAGUAAAUGAACAGUGUUGAUUUUGGUAGACACGCUGAUUAUAAUUUCUCUUUUUUUUUUAGUUUAGACACAUUCAGCUUUAUUUACAUUUUGGAGAAAUACGUUGUGCCGUAUAUUUCCAGGACAUUUGGUUUCAGAUCAUGGUGGAAAACACCCCCUCACCUCUGCCUGAGAGGGCCAUUUAUGGGUUUGUUCUUUACCUUGGCUCACAGUUUGGCUUCUUUCUGUAUUGUCUGUGGGCUUUCGUACCGGAGGAGUGGCUUCAUUCGAUAGGGCUCACUUACUGGCCUCAAAAAUACUGGGCCCUUGCGGUGCCAAUCUACCUGCUGGUCGCAUUAAUGAUCUUUGUGCUGUUGCUGUUCGGGGUGAACAUGAACAACACGGCACCACUUGACUCUGUGGACAACAUCGCAGAUGUGUACGCCCGAGGCCAGAGGACAGAAGGCUACAACAAGGGGGGAAUACCCAGACUGAAAGAUGUUUCCAUUAGUGAAGUCAACAAAAUGUUCUACUUGUCGUCCAAAUGAUAACAAACCAAUACUGAUAUCAGCUGGAAUCAGAGUAGAGAUGAAGCUGCUGGGGAUUUACUGUGGUGUCACUGUUUGCCACUUGUUUAUAGACGAAGGAUUAUGCUUUAUUUAUUUAUUUAUCCAUGGCUUCUUGUUUUUUUGUUUUAGAUUCUGUACAGGGCAAAAUUAUGUGUUCACAACAGUGAUAUGCUGGAUGUGAUGUAACACAGUAUCACGAGUGUCUGAGCAACUUGUCCUCUGGAUGAAUAAGGCAAAAGAUGGUUAUUUUAAAUAAACUAGACUUUUUACAUAUAUAUAUUAUUUUGUGUAAUAAUUAUACUUUUACCCAGUGUAAAGGUUAAUGUCUUUUAUUAUGGUACGUUAACUCCCACUGAUAAUUAACCAGCUUAUUGAUACCAUUCUAUAAAUGUUUAAACAGUCAAGUGUUUUUCUCCAAAGUCAAGGGCUCCCACCGGCAUAAUUUCAAUAAUGUUGUGAUUUUUUUUUAAAUCACCACUUCCUCUUAUUCUCUCUAGAAGCUCUGUGCAAAACAAAACAAAAAAAAUAAUAAAAAUUAACUAACAAACCAGGAAACAACAUGGACUGGAAGGUCUUGGAAUGUGACAUUGGUCAAUAGGGG